CAAGCAGAAACUGCCACAAUCGAAAACCCAUGCUCCUUCCUCCAGAUCAGUUUAUUUAUUACCGUCUCGAGCGCACAUGCCCUCGGCGGAGUCUGCAUCGGUGGAAUGCGGUCCAGACACUUCCAGGAGCGACGCGCGCGCCGCUGACCACGCGGUUGCUACACACCAAGACGUUAGCGAUAAUACCAACACAUCUGCCCUCAGAAUGGUUAGUAACGGCAGCGACACGACCGCAGCUGCGCGGCCCUUGACUUCGGACAUGAUUUCCUUCACUGCGACGGUGGUGCAGGCCCCAAAUUCCGGCAACACUCGUCCGCCCACAAGCUCAAGUGACGUCUGGACGCCCAAACCCCGUGACAUUCCCCCUCCAGGGAGACGCAGACGCAGGUUUUCCCUUCACCGCAAACACAAACUCGAGGAAGACGAAGAGAAUUGCAACAAGAAAGUGGCAAUGUUGCACCAAUCACGUCCCUUCAGCGAGAUAAAAAUCGAAUCGACUGUCGAAAGGAUGAGCAGCGACUUAUCCAAGAAUGGGUACAUGUAUUCACGCGGGAGUUUUGAGAGCGAUCCGUCAUUAAUGGACCGGAGAGAUCGACGCAGCAGUGCCACCAGUCGAGGCAGCAGAGUACGAGCUUGGAGUCGAGCUCUGAGUGUUUCACAUGAAGCAGAUGGCGACGCCACGACAAUUGCAGCCACAGUGACAACCACUCCUGAUACAGUGUGGAAUACCUUCUUGAAGACUGUAGGCAGCUUUGCCGACGAACCAGCGUUCACUGGCCGCGAGAUGCAGUCAGAGGUGGCGUAUACAUGGGCGCAGCAUGCUGUACGCGUGCGAUGCGUGGCGAGAGCGUUGUUGCAAUUGGGUUUUUGCGCCGGAGAAGGAGUGAUUGUCAGUGCUCAAAUGAGUCCUUUGUUGCAAGCUGUGAACCUUGCAACAGUAGCAUUGGGUGGUGUAGUGUGUCAUGUUCGCACUUCAUGGAGUGCGCGAGAACUUCGAGAUGAUAUUUUCCCUACGGCUAGAGCGACCGUCCUGGUUGUAGACGCGUUGAAAGAUAACUUUCGAGAGGCUUUGGAGGCUCUGGAUGACCAGCCAGAGGCCCUACGACCUCCUAUUCGCGCCGUGGUGGUUCUCGGCGGCUUCGAUGCAACUGACCGAGCUGUCGCGGAGCUUCGCGCUAGUAUUAACGUCAUUGGAGGCCGAGAUCUCCUAGCUAUCACCUCCCUCGCCACUGACGAGGCUGCUAUGACGCCGUCGAUUGAGUCACUCACGUCUAGUGUCAUGCCAGGUCAAUGCUGCUUAUUAGCCUUCGACUACGAUGCAGUGGGACGAGUUCGCGCAGCCGAAUUAUCACACGACAACGUCUUGUUUACAGCUGCUGCCUUAGUGCGCAGCUUCGGCCUCAUUAAUCGCGAUCGCCUGGUCGGAUACCUUCCGCUCCACCACGUGGCGUCGCAAGUUUUAGAGUUCUACAUGCCGCUCAUCGCCGGGCUUUCGGUAGUUUGCGCCCCAACGUACGAUCGACCGCUUGUACGUGUAGUCACCGAACACAAACCCACGGUUUUCUUCGCCUCUCCCGCUACCUGGACACGGUUUAGUGAACAAGUGUAUCGUGCUAAAGGCGACGUCAAUGCUGCUAUUUACCGCUGGGCCAAGAUUCGCGCUACCAAUAAUUCGCAGAAAUUACUCUUCGCGAGAGGCAAAGGAGCUAAGCAUCGGAGUCUGGGCUACAUGCUCGCCAAAGCUUUGGUGCUCAACAACAUCAAGAAGAAGGUUGGGCUCGAAAGCUGCACGGCCUGCUACUCCUUAUUAGCACCACUGGACUUUGAGCUCGAACGCCUAUUUAAGACUGUGGAUACUCCGAUUUAUCAACUUUUCGGAACUGCGGAAACUUGCGGCUUCGCGGCGAUAAAUUUCCCUCACGCGUGGGAAUUCGGAAGCUCUGGUCGUGCACUACCAGGCACUACUAUCCGCUGUGACGAGCGCUCUCAAGAGACAGUUUUACGUGGACGCAAUGUCUUUAUGGGGUAUCGGUAUACUCCUACUAGCGACAAUUAUAGUCCUGGGCCGGAGCUCGAUGGCGAUGAUAGUGACCAAUUCACGUCCAAGUACGACUCGGACGGAUGGCUUAGACUACGGCAGCGUGGGUUCUUGACUCCAACUGGUUUCCUUAGGAUCAGCGAUCCGAGCGAUUUCCUUGUGCUCUCGACGGGCGAUUGGGUCCCUAUUCACCCGUUCGAGUUUGCCAUGAUGGAGCUAAUGCCAGAACUCGACCGCGCAGUGCUGGUAGGCGACGGCCGCACCUUUUUAAGUGCAUUAUUCUUUUUUAAGACCUGCGCGAUGACGUCACGAAACGCAGCUGGAAACAAUAAACACGCUGGUGGUCGACAACUUGAUGAAGACGCGCUCAAAGUCGGCCACGCUAUUGGUAGCACUGCUACUACAGUUGCAGAGGCUAUUCGCUGCCAGCAAUGGGCAGUACAUUUUGACUCGGUGCUGGAGGAACUCCCUCAGGUCUGCUGCGUCUCGGGGUAUCGAGUGCGCAAGUGGAUCCUCAUGGCCGCAGACUUUUCGGUCGAGUCGGGCGAGCUGGACCCGGACACGGGCGACGUCUGCCGUCGCGCUGUGGAUCGGAAGUACCAGGCACUGCUGGACUCACUCUACAGCUAAAACUACUACUAACAAAUUACCAUAGCAAGAUGAAUGAUAAGAGAUGAACAAUAGAAAAAAAAUGAUGAAACAUAUUGUGUUGAACCA